CAAUGUGUCUCCUCUCCUCUGACUUCGCCGAUAUUCUUCCACAGGGGGAAAGCAUAGGUUAUAUUCUUUUCAUCUCCAUAUCCGCAAUGGCUACAUCAUGUACAUCUGCCCUGACCUUCAGGGCUGUUCUCUUUCGCAAAUUGCUCCAACCUUGUCUUACUUAAACUACGCUCCAAUGGCCCAAUGAAAAUAAAGAGGUCUUUUGUGCGCCCUGGUCAUUCCAUCAACCUCAUCAGCCCUUCGCACCAUCAUUCCUCCGCUUUGCUCGCUCACACACUAUUGCUUCACGCUGGUCUCCAAUGGGCCCUCCAGGACGUCCUCUCACUGUUCCUUACAUCCUUCUUGUACUCCUAUUCUAUAUCGCAUCCAUUCAACACCACCAUGGCACACUUGCCAACACAAUAACACAAGAGCACCUCUUCACAAUCCCCUUUGAUAACGAUGCUGCGUUUGUCAUGGCAGCAGGCACACCAGCCACCACUACCGUUACCGUCUCCACAACUCCCUCCUCUAGAUCUCCUGCUCAAUCAACGGCCUCUACAUCACCACUCCCUCGUCGCUGCAAGAACUGCCCACCCAACAACACCCUCGGCCAGAUAUGCUAUAAGAACACCCAAUGCGUGCCCUUGGCCCUUCUCUGCAACACCACCACCAGCCCCACUACCAACAUAACCACAGGCACCAACCCAUGUGUUGACGCUACCGGUCCUGUGCCGCUCCAUGCUGAUAAUUCCAUCACCUGUCGGGACCAACUCUGCUUCGCCAAUACCUUUCUGCCGCUUCCCGCGCCUGGCUCGGGAAAGGUCAAUAGGAACAGCAGCGCCAAUUGCUUAAAGGGCAGCUAUUUCUCUCUCUAUGGGUCCCUCUUGACCGGCGAGAAGAGGUACACUCAGUCAUGCGUGGGUCAGUUUCCAACAGGGCAAAUAGUAACCUGCAAUCCAUGGGAGUAUCAAGCUCAAGGAUCAUGCUUCCUUCGGACAUGCGGGCCUGGAAUGGAUUGUGAACCGCCGUUUCUCUGUCGCAGGCCGUCGUCGUCAAUAGAACUGUACGGCCUUUGCAUGAGCCCAAACUCGACUGCAGAUCCUACAGGAGAUGAUAGCGGAGACCAGGACUCGCCUUCUGUAAAGGACCACUUACUCAUAGGAUUGCUGGUCGGUAUUUGCAGCCUGGUUCUCGGAAUCGGCAUCGGAACUGGAUGCUGGAAUCUCAGGAAGAGGAGGUUGAAGCAGUUGCGACUCAUGAAUGGUGAACUCGACAAUAAUACCACAAUGAUGAAUGGAAAAACUUUUUUCCUGACGACACUGGGCCAGUGCUAUGAUGCCUGCUGCUGCUUUGGAUCGGCAAGGAGGCAGACGAGGGGUCAGCGCGCAGAUGCUGGAGCAUUAACUAUAGGGGAAGCCCGAGAUAUACGUGUCAUAUCAGUGGCCGAGUCCGAAAGCCAUGAAAGUUCUUUGGUUGCGAAUCAUCAGACAAAUCUGAUCUUUGCAAGACGCUGGAGGUGGGGUCAAGGAGGACAACAUGGUGCAGGCAUAUGGAGAGGAACAACAGCAGGCGGUGUCGCGGCUGUGCCAGAGCUGGAGCCGCCGCCAUUGUACCAUCAAGGGCUGGGUCUGCCUUCCUACCGCGGUAGGGACACCAUUCUGCUCACGCCUGUCCCUGAGCUCAUGGCACAGGCUUCAAAUCCAUCAGUGGCUGCAGAGCGUUCAAGAUCGCCAACGCCCAAAUGAACAAAUAAGAAUAAAUCCCGCCUCCAUUCAUCGCCUAUUAUUCUCCACGACGGCUACUAUAUCCUAUGCACUACGGCGAUCCUCCAUCUCAAUGUUCAAUGUACGCAACCAUUCACAUCGAAGACAAGAAGGCGGUAGUGGAGGAUGUCGCUUCGAUCUCACCUUGGAGAUCAAGC